AAAAAUUACUGAAUCAUUAAAUCAAACAAGAUGGCAAAAAAUUACAUUAUCGAGCACAUGGAAGAGGGCAUGCAUGACUGGUGCAAGCUCGAGUAUGAACACAUGGUCUCAGUCUGUGGCCCAGAGCAUAUUUACUUUACAGCUCUGACUCCCAAAACCUUGGCAGAUAUGCCUGAAACUCUGGCAAAGGCCCAUUGUCAUACUGAAGACAUUAUGGCUAUGAGUGACCGCAUACCUCAUCAAAGAGUGUGCCUUCUUGAUCCAGCUUCGCCACAUGUCCUGAGCCCUGGAGAUGCUAAGGAAUUUGAUUUCUUUCUUUUUGGAGGCAUUUUGGGGGAUGAUCCACCAAGAGAUCGUACUGGCGAGCUAAGGAAGCUAGGCUUCGCUACCCGUCACUUGGGCGCGGUUCAAAUGACAACAGAUACUGCUGUCAAUGUCACCCGCAGAAUUGUUGAAGGCCAAGUUUCUUUAGAUGAAAUCCCAUUUAUCGAUCAUCCUGAGAUCAAGCUGCGCAAGAAUGAAACUGUGACCAUGCCUUUUCGCUACAUCGCCCUGUCCUCUACGGAAACAUCAUCAAUAGCGUCAUCCGAAGGAGGGUCAUCAAAAGUGAACGAAACUGAAAAGAAAUCUAGAAAGCCAAAGUUACCUCAGCCAUUAUUGCCACCAGGCAUGCUUGAGUUGUUAAAGAAGGACAAUGAUAUGGCCCUGGAUCUAUUAUGAAGGACUAUAUUGUGUGACUCUUUAUCAUUAGGAGGAGCUCAGACACUAAUGGCUCGGUUAUCGAAGUCAUCCUCCUUUCACAUUGCUCAUUCACUCCCUCAUACUAUAAUAGAAUAAAACAAAUUUCUCCAACUGGUAGUAGUGUAACCCAGUU